AUGGAGGCAGCGGAGGCAGCGGCUAACGGAAGCUCCCGGUCACUGGCGGGGCCACCGACAACCAAUCUCACCUCCACAACCUACUUGCAGACGUACGUGAUCAUGAAGCCUACGGGAACGGAAGAAUUCGGCACCAACAACGCUUACCGCGACGUCCUGUUCAGGUUUGGGAGCUGGUGCUACAGUGGAACUGUGCAGCUGAUUCCUACCCUGGCGCUCGUGGACAUCCCCCACGUCAUCCCGGCCUUGCGCAUGCAGCAGAGCAAACUGGAUUUCAUGUGUGACGUCACACAAGUUCCAUCCAAGUCCCCUUUCGCGGCCCCGUUGGAGCACAUGCAGCGAUUGAUGCCUCUCAUGGAGGAGCAAGUCGCCUCCUCCGAAGCAGUGCUGACCGAUUUGUUGGAAAAUCUCUCGGACAUGGGGCUGGAGGACAGCGUGUCGUCAUGGUUCGACGGUGACAGCAUGCAAAGCUUCUUCGAGUUCCAGGCCGGAGAAAAAGAAAGCGCGGAGACGCGGACUGGGGGUGGGCAAGAGGGCGAGGAACAUGCCAAGGCGACCAGCACGAUGAUGGUCGAGGGGGGCGCCGCAAGUGUUACCAACGAGCAGGGGGGAUCAAGCGGCGCUGGAUGGGCGAGUGGUGACCUAGCAGACCCCGUGAUUGGAGGGAGUGGUGGUACGACCGGCGGGGGUAGCGCACAGGCUCAACCGAAGCAUUCGGGGGCGGGCGACCGCGGGGGGGUGGGGAGGGGGAUUGGGGCGGUUGGCGCAGAUGGCGAUCACGAUGAUAGGCCGAGCAGAGGAGGUGGAAUUCACGAGUCGAAGAGGCCAUGGGAGACAGACGCGAUUCGCGGGCGUACCAACGGCCUCGAGACCGGGAGCAAGGAUAGCGGUGGUGACCCCCCGGGUGUCUCUCAAGCCUCAGCGUCCGCCGGGGCCAAGUCUGGGCCGGUGAUAGGCAACGAACGUCACCACGCGGCCGCCAAAGCGCUGACCAACACCAAGGUUGCCCUGCCGCACCACCUGUCACCGAUGACCGGCUUGGAAGACAAACUCAAAAGGAUGCGCUCCGACAUGCAGAACGAAAACGGAGACGCACCAUGGGAUGCGUUCGGUCGACCGCGGACGGCUCUCCUUGGUACCAAGCAGCACAAAUAAGUGAAAAACAGUGUGUGGCAGUUGUUGGUAGUACUAGUCUGCGUCGGUACUGCUCGUCAGCGGAGGGUUUGAAACUGGCAGUGGUACGACUGGAUCUUGUUUCGCCGAUGGUGCUAAGACACUGACAUAUUUUGCUUGGAGCCAACUGAGGUGCGUUAUUUUGUUUUAGGUUGUACACCUCGUACGAUGAUACGAGAUACCCCUCCACCCUGUCUGUCCCUUUGGGAUGUCAUACAACCGAGACAGGUUUGCGUGCGUGUGGUUAGACAGACAGGUGUUGUCGCGGUACGUCAGA